AUGGUGGAAAGAACCGCAACCGCACACGCACCCGCACAGACCUACCCCCCGUCUCCGUCCCCGGAGCGGUCGGAGCAUCGGCCGAGCCACUCGAGCGCGUCCAGUACCGUGGUGCAUGAUGAUGUCGAGAAACAGAAUGUAGAGCCUUCGGCCGAGGAUGGGAAAGAUCCGAACAUCGUGGACUGGGACGGGCCGGAUGACCCAGAAUAUCCUCCCAACUGGUCGGAAACCCGCAAAUGGACCAUCACAAUCAUUCUGGGUUUGAUGACCGUCUCCGUAACAUUCGCCUCGUCCGUCUUCAGCGCCGCGACGGCGGCCACGGCGGAGCAAUUCGGGGUGUCGGAGGAAGUGAUGAUCCUGGGGACCAGCCUCUUCGUGCUGGGGUACAGCUUCGGCCCGCUGGCCUUCGGCCCGCUGUCCGAACUAUACGGGCGCAAGACCCCGCUGUUCGUGGGCUUCUUCAUCUUCGCUAUCUUCCAGAUCCCCGUGGCGGUGGCCCAGAACCUGCAGACGAUCUUCGUGUGCCGGUUUCUGGGGGGACUGUUCGCCAGCGCCCCGCUGGCCAUCGUGGGCGGCAUGCUGGCCGAUUUCUUCGAUCCGGUGGAGCGCGGCAUCGCCAUGGCCGUCUUCGCGGGCAGCACCUUCGUGGGCCCCGUGGCGGGCCCCAUCGUCGGCGGGUUCAUCACGAUGUCGCAUCUGGGCUGGCGCUGGACUGAGUACAUCACCGCGAUCAUGGCCUUCUUUUUUGGCGGUCUGGGCUUCCUGGUGGUGCCCGAGACCUUUGCGCCGGUGCUGCUGCAGCGCCGCGCGCGGCGGCGGCGCCACGCGACGCGCAAUUGGGCGCUGCAUGCGCGCGCAGAGGAAGAGCCGGUCGAUCUGACAAGUAUCGCGCACCGGUACCUCGUGCGGCCGAUCCACAUGCUGUUCCUCGAGCCGAUCCUGCUGCUGAUCACGCUGUACAUGGGUUUUAUCUAUGGGUUCCUGUAUCUGUGCUUCGAGGCUUAUCCGAUCGCCUUCCAGGAGAUGCGCGGGUGGAAUGAGGGCGUCGGGGCGUUGCCGUUCGUCGCGGUGACGUGCGGCGUCCUGGUGGGCUGCGGGAUUAUCAUCACCUUUACGAAGACCCGAUUCCAGGUCGUCCUCCGCCGCGAAGGGCAUAUUGUCCCCGAGGAGCGACUGAUUCCCAUGAUGAUUGGGGGAGUGUUGUUGCCGGCGGGCAUGUUCUGGUUCGGGUGGACGUCCAAUCCGUCGAUCUCCUGGGUGCCCCAGGCCAUUUCGGGGGGCUUCCUGGGCGCGGGGAUCUUGUUGAUUUUCAUGCAGGGCCUGAAUUAUAUCAUCGACUGCUACGGCGUCAACUCCAACUCGGCCAUCGCAGCCAACUGCUUCUUCCGGUCGGGGCUUGGGGCGGGGUUUCCCAUGUUCGCGUUGCCCAUGUUCCACAACCUGGGGGUCAACUGGGCGAUGACACUGCUGGGAUGCUUGACGGCUAUCCUGUUCCCGGUGCCGAUUUUGUUCUAUAUCUUUGGGAAGCGGAUCCGGUCGUGGAGUCGGUUUAGUCCGAGUGCAGAGUAA